CCCAGCGCUGGUCUACACGCCGGGAAGGCGGCGCCGGCGGCGUCUGCUCACCCUGAGCCCACUCCCGCGCGCUGCGCUCCCGCCGCGGGUUGGCUCCUCAGCCCCUGGCUGGCCGUGGUCCUUGACGCGCGGCGGCCUCUGCAUCCCACCUUAACACUGCCGGGCACACCGGCACGUGCGAUCCUUCUUUGGGGGGUGUUCUCCAUUCUCAGGCACAGCUAACAAGCAGAGGACACCCAACUUUGCCACCUUGCAGGUCACCCUCGCUUGGUGCGAGCCUGCCCGCUCAGCUGCACAACUGGAGACUCCGUGCGCCUUGCAGCCAGAGCUGGUACCCAGCCUUGCGCGCUGCGAGAGGAGGAUAGCUCUGGAGAAGUGAAGGGGUUCAUUGGUGCCUGCUACCUCGACUUCCUUCACAGUGCGCUGGAGAGGACCCUUGGAGUCGCUCCGGGCCCCGGGGCGCUGGAUGAUUAGCAGGAGGAACGCGCCCUGCAUCUGGGCUGCUGUGUGAAAACUGGGCGUGGGCGCCCAUGUGGCUGUGCAGUUCAGUGUGAUUCAUGACGGAGGCCACACGGCUCUACCCUCUCUUUCCUCGGUACUUUUCACACAUGAGGAGAAGGUGAGCAUCACAGAAAACCUGUUCCCAGAGUCAGAGACCCCUUGCCCACCAUGAACGGAGCCUGCAUCCUUGCAUGGCUGCUCUCAAGCCUGGGAGUGUGGAGACUUGUCCGGCCCGAGAUCCAGGAUCCUGCCCAGUGCCAGAGAGCUGAGCACCCCAUUGUCUCCUACAAAGAAAUUGGUCCCUGGUUGCGGGAGUUCAGAGCAGAGAAUGCAGUGGAUUUCUCGAGGUUGACAUUUGACCCAGGGCAGAAAGAACUUGUCGUCGGAACUAGAAACUAUCUCUUCAGAUUGCAGCUUGAGGAUCUAUCUCUCAUCCAGGCUGUGGAGUGGGAAUGUGAUGACGCUACCAAGAAGGCCUGUUACAGCAAGGGCAAAUCGAAGGAGGAAUGUCAGAACUACAUCCGAGUGCUCUUAGUGGGCGGGGACCGACUAUUCACCUGUGGGACCAAUGCUUUCACACCUGUCUGUACCAUCCGCUCGUUAAAUAACCUGACUGAGAUUCAUGAUCAGAUCAGCGGCAUGGCCCGCUGUCCCUACAGCCCCCAGCACAAUUCUACAGCUCUGCUCACAGCCAGUGGGGAGCUCUAUGCUGCAACAGCCAUGGAUUUCCCAGGGCGAGAUCCGGCCAUUUACCGAAGUCUGGGCACUUUACCUCCACUUCGAACUGCACAGUACAACUCCAAAUGGCUCAAUGAACCAAACUUUGUGUCUUCCUAUGACAUUGGAAAUUUCACCUACUUCUUCUUCCGAGAAAAUGCCGUCGAGCACGACUGUGGGAAGACUGUGUUCUCCAGGGCCGCUAGGGUCUGCAAGAAUGACAUUGGAGGGCGAUUCCUUCUGGAGGAUACGUGGACCACCUUCAUGAAGGCUCGCCUCAACUGCUCCCGGCCUGGCGAGGUGCCCUUCUACUACAAUGAGCUGCAGGGCACCUUCUUCUUGCCAGAGCUGGACCUGAUAUACGGCAUCUUCACCACGAAUGUGAAUAGCAUCGCUGCCUCUGCCGUAUGUGUCUUCAACCUGAGCGCCAUCUCACAGGCCUUCAAUGGACCCUUCAAGUACCAAGAGAACUCUCGCUCAGCCUGGCUGCCUUAUCCCAACCCCAACCCCAAUUUUCAGUGCGGCACCAUGGACCAGGGCCUGUAUGUAAACCUGACGGAAAGAAACCUACAAGACGCGCAGAAGUUCAUCCUCAUGCAUGAGGUGGUACAGCCAGUGACCACAGUGCCCUCCUUCAUGGAGGACAACAGCCGCUUCUCCCACGUGGCCGUCGACGUUGUACAAGGCAGGGACACCCUUGUCCACAUCAUCUAUCUGGCCACAGAUUACGGCACCAUUAAGAAAGUACGGGCCCCCCUGAGUCAGACCUCAGGCAGCUGUUUGCUAGAAGAGAUUGAGCUUUUCCCAGAGAGGAGGAGGGACCCCAUCAGGAGCCUACAGAUCCUCCACAGUCAGAGUGUCCUCUUUGUGGGGCUGCAGGAGCACGUGGUCAAGAUCCCCCUGAAGAGGUGCCACUUUCAUCAAACACGCAGUGCCUGCAUUGGCGCCCAGGACCCUUACUGUGGCUGGGAUGUGGUGAGGAAGCAGUGCACAAGCCUGGAGGGGAGUCUGAGCAUGACGCAGUGGGAGCAGAGCAUCUCUACCUGUCCGACCAGAAAUCUCACUGUGGAUGGGAGCUUUGGCCCAUGGUCUCCGUGGACACCCUGCACACAUACAGAUGGCACUGCUGUGGGAUCCUGCCUCUGCCGGUCCCGCUCCUGUGACAACCCAGCUCCACAGUGUGGUGGCUGGCAGUGCGAAGGCCCUAGAAUGGAGAUCACUAACUGUUCCAGGAAUGGAGGCUGGACUCCCUGGACCUCCUGGUCACCCUGCAGCACCACCUGUGGCAUCGGCUUCCAGGUGCGGCAGCGCUCUUGCAGCAACCCCACGCCCAGGCACGGAGGCCGCGUGUGCGUGGGUCAGAACCGGGAAGAAAGAUACUGCAAUGAACAUUUGCUCUGCCCGCCACACGUGUUCUGGACAGGCUGGGGACCUUGGGAACGGUGCACCGCCCAGUGUGGGGGUGGAAUUCAAGCUCGCCGUAGGACGUGCGAAAAUGGGCCUGACUGUGCAGGAUGCAAUGUGGAAUACCAGCCCUGUAACACCAAUGCCUGCCCAGAGCUGAAGAAGACCACACCAUGGACCCCCUGGACCCCUGUCAACAUCUCUGACAAUGGUGGCCACUAUGAGCAGCGUUUCCGGUACACCUGUAAAGCUCGCCUGCCCGAUCCAAAUCUGCUGGAGGUCGGGAGGCAGAGGAUUGAGAUGCGGUACUGUUCCAGCGAUGGGAGCAGCGGAUGUUCCACAGAUGGCCUUUCUGGAGACUUUCUACGAGCUGGGAGAUACUCUGCCCAUACAGUCAAUGGGGCCUGGUCAGCCUGGACUUCCUGGUCGCAGUGCAGCAGAGACUGCAGCAGGGGCAUUCGAAACCGGAAGCGUGUUUGCAACAACCCAGAACCCAAGUAUGGGGGCAUGCCAUGCCUUGGCCCAUCCCUGGAGUUCCAGGAAUGCAACAUUUUGCCCUGCCCAGUGGACGGUGUGUGGUCCUGCUGGUCAUCCUGGUCUAAAUGCUCGGCAACCUGUGGGGGUGGACACUACAUGAGAACCCGUUCCUGUACUAAUCCCGCCCCGGCCUACGGAGGGGACAUCUGCCUGGGACUGCACACAGAGGAAGCACUCUGCAACACGCAGACCUGCCCAGAGAGCUGGUCAGAGUGGUCCGACUGGUCAGCAUGCGAUGCGUCUGGCAUCCAGGUCCGUGCUCGUCAGUGCAUCCUCCUAUUUCCUGUGGGCAGCCAGUGUUCCGGAAAUACCACAGAGAGCCGGCCAUGUGUCUUUGACUCUAAUUUCAUCCCAGAAGUGUCUGUGGCAAGAUCGAGCAGCAUGGAAGAGAAGAGGUGUGGAGAAUUCAACAUGUUCCACAUGAUGGCUGUGGGGCUCAGCAGUUCCAUCCUUGGCUGCCUCCUUACACUGCUUGUCUACACCUACUGCCAGCGGUACCAGCAGCAGUCCCAUGAUGCAACAGUCAUCCACCCCGUCUCUCCUGCCGCUCUCAACAGCAGCAUCACUAACCACAUCAACAAACUGGACAAGUACGACUCUGUGGAAGCCAUCAAGGCAUUUAACAAAAACAACCUGAUCCUCGAGGAGAGAAACAAAUACUUCAACCCACACCUCACCGGGAAGACCUAUUCCAACGCCUACUUCACAGAUCUCAACAACUAUGACGAGUACUAGCAGCGCUUACGCUUUGGGCCCCUUGUAAACUCUCUGCUUCUCAAAGCCACGCUCCACGAAUACCCAUAUUUCUGAGGCUGCAGAGAUGACCUGUGGAUUCCAUUUCUAGUGCAUCUCAAGCCA